CAAACUUCAUGUUUUGUUCUCUCUUUCUUGUGGGUUCUCUUCAGUGUUUCCUAUCAUUUCAUCUGUCACUGUCGCGCUCGUGGCUCCACCUUUACGAAGUGGUUAUUAACAAUGGCGCCCGUAGCGAAGCCUAAGGAAUCCAAAGACAAAAGAGAUGUCAAGGAUAAAACCAAAAAUCAUAUGCGGGAAUUGCAUAUCCGCAAAUUAUGCCUUAACAUUUGUGUAGGAGAAUCUGGUGACAGACUUACUCGUGCUGCUAAGGUAUUAGAACAACUGACUGGCCAACAACCAGUCUUCUCAAAAGCCCGAUACACCGUCAGGUCUUUUGGAAUUCGUAGAAACGAAAAGAUUGCUGUACACUGCACAGUAAGAGGCGCGAAGGCCGAGGAAAUAUUAGAAAGGGGCUUAAAAGUCAGAGAAUACGAAUUGAGGAGGGAUAACUUCUCUAUCUCUGGUAACUUCGGUUUCGGUAUCCAAGAACACAUUGAUCUUGGAAUCAAGUACGACCCGAGCAUAGGUAUCUACGGUCUUGAUUUCUACGUUGUGUUGGGUCGCCCCGGUUUCAACGUAGCCCACCGAAGAGCGAAGAAAGGCAAAGUUGGUUUCUCUCAUAGGUUAACCAAAGAAGACGCUAUGAAGUGGUUCCAACAGAAAUACGACGGAAUAAUUUUAGGGAGUAAAAAAUAGGAUGUUUGGACUUAACAUCGUUAAUAAAUUUUUUUGACAAG